CCCUGCCUUCCUCUCAACACCCCACCAUCCAGAAGAGGAAAAACAAGAUCUGACCCUAUCAACCUUCUGUGUCUCCUCUUCUAUCAAGGAAGAAACUCCCAAUUUUCUCAACACCCCCAGGAUUUGCUCUCCAUCCAAAUGACAAUGUCCUCUAAAAUUCGCCUCCGACCACGUCCUGCCCAUGUAAUCCAACCACCACGGCUUCCAAAUGACCUUCCUCCGAGAAAACCAAGUACAGGGUCAAACAUGCAGCUUCGAUGUCUAGAGCAACACCAAAAACAGCUUCAUGAGAUCCAGCAACGGCAUGAAAAACAGAAUCGAGAACAAGAGUGUCAGGAACCAUCCAGGGAGGAGAAAGAAGUGAGGAAUGAAAAGGAGGAUAAGUUGGAGACACAGACGAGGACAUUACUUGAGUUGCAACUUAAGCAGAAAGAACUGAAGCAGCAUCAGCAAAUCAUGCAAUGGCAACAAGAACUUGAAGAGCAGCAGCAAAAACAAAAGAUUCCACCAGUCCUCCUCUCUCCUUCAUCAGGCCUCUGUACAAUUUAUGAAUCUGUGGAAAUAAGUGACGCUGAAGAUGUAGAGGAGAAUGAACAAGUGUUUGAGGAAACAAAAAAUGCAGAGGACAAAAUUAGCUUUAAGGUGUUCCCUAAUGAAGACGAACCAAGAUGUACUAAAGAAAAUAAUGAAGAUUAUCUUUAUUCACAAUUCACAACACCUUCCCAAGCACCUACUCGGGACCAACAGCGAGAAUUUGGGGAAAAGGGCAUUGCAGCAGACCAAACCAGUCCUCCACAAUCUCCCUCUCAAUCUCCUGAGUUAACCCCACCUCUAGAGUUUGAUUGGGGCAAGAAGGUGGAUAUUGUCCAGCAGCUGAUCAAUCAGACAUUACUGCUUGCAGGUGAUGGUUGCUCGCCUCUUCUUCUCCUACCUGGAGUGACAGGUGGGACGCUUAGCCCCCUGGAAAGCAGCUUGUGGCCCAACCUGUUACCUCCACUUACACCCCCUUCAGCGACCGUGACUUCUGUAAGCAGCUUCUCGUCUGAGGCUCCGGGCAGCUCUUCUCAGGGUGAGUGGACAGUUGUAGAGCUGGAGACGCAUCAUUAAGGAUGGUUUGAUUGUUGGACCUAUAUUGAAUGAUUGAAACAUGCCAAAUAUGAACUUCUGGACAUGGAAGACUUGAAGAUCCAUUGGCAAGGAAGCACGUUUUGUUAAAAUAAAAUGGAGCCUUCCCAAGGUAAAAGCUUUACGGAGGAUGUGGUCAUGGUAUUGAUUUAAUUCUUCAUUUCAGGUCUAUGGUAUUUUACCAAGAAUUGAAAGUCGAAAAUCACUUUAACAUGAAACUGACACAGCAGAAUAGAGUACUUGACAAACACCAUAUUGCUCUUUCUUUGGUGGUUUUCAUCCUGCCAGUUAUUCUAGAGCAGUGAUUUUCAUUUCCACAACCCCACCCAUCUGGAAGUAAAAGAACACUAUAUUAUGUAUUUUAUGCCACAUUUACACUGCUACCUUGCUCAAUUGAUCAGCCAUAUCUGACCUGCCCCUGUGACAAAGCAAUUUCCUGGUGGUUUAAAGCUUUAUGGAGGAUGUGGUCACGGUAUUGAUUAGUUCUUCUGUUUCAAUUUAUGGUAUUUAGCAAGAAUUAGAAGUAGAAAAUCACUUUAACAUGAAACUGACACAGCAGAAUAGAGUACUUGACUAACACCAUCUUGAUCUUUCUUUGGUGGUUUUCAUCCUGGCAGUUAUUCUAGAGCAGUGAUUUUCAUUUCCACAACCCCACCAAUCCGAAAGUAACAGAACACUAUAAUAAGUACUUUAUGCCACACCACCCCCUUGCUCAGUUGAUCAGCCAUAUCUGACCUGCCCCUGUGCCAAAAGCAAUUUCUUGGUGGUUUACUGGGAAUGUCUGGCUAGCUUGGACUGCAUACAUGUAUUGCUUAGUCAUUGUGUUGGUCUCUUGCCUUCAUUGUGGGUAGAGGGCUCAAUAAUGAAUGGGCUGGUUAAAAUGUCUGCUGUUUCUAAGGGAUUUUCUCAAACUUUUCUAAGAAACAAAAUCAGUUCUGUGGUAAAUUGGUAGAUUUUUUUUUUUUAUUCAAAUCCUACAGGUAGUGUUUUCUGCACUGUUCUAUAUCAAAAAACGAGUAAUUCAACACUUGUGAAGUUGAGUUGUCCAACUCAGAAUUUCAUGGACAUGAUUUUAAGAUGGUUUCAAGCAAAUACGGUUUAAGACUUCUGAAUGAAUGAAGGAAGGUUUGUUGAAGAGAAUUUGCAAUGAUCUGACAAGUGUAGUUUUUCUGAUUUAAAAUGUUAUAUUGAGCAUCAUAAAAUUGUUCAAGAUAAUUUUCCAAAACAUGCACAGUUAUCUUCAAUUUACAAAAUGAUAUGGGGUAAAAGACCAAUCUGGUCUAGUGUUAAUUUUAAAGAAACAGGACGAUUGGGAAAUUGUUUUGAACAUGCCUAUAAAGCUCUGGACUGUAAUGAUUUAAUGCUUUUUAAUUCAGUUCUGAACUGCUGCAAUAUUCCAGAAAUAGCUGUGAGCUGACAUCUUAGGAAAGCUCUGCAUUUGUAUAUUAAUAUGUUAUAUGGAAUUUUAAUUAUAUUAUGAGAUGAUGCAAGACCAAGUGUAUAGAUCAUCUUUACUGUGAACCUUCUGAACACUGUGCCUCAUUUCUGUCUGAACUAUGAAUUAAUGAAUGGGACCAUUUUUAAAUUGCUCCUAAUUUUACUGGAACAGAGACACUGUAGUAAACUCAAUGUAAUGUGAUGAACAGACUUUUAGGGCAUAACAAGCUUCACAUACUAUCUUCAAUGUGAAGUGCACAUGCACAUAUGUAACUCGAGAUUGCUGCUGGCUGGGCUUCACAGAAUUUCUGACAGUGAACUGAUCUGGCAUCCUUGUUUACCUUUUAUCGCUUUAAUUAUUAAAAUAUAUUUGACAGAAGGAGCCGAUCCUGCAACAGCACUCAUGCGAUUUUAAAUUAUAUCUCCUAGUUUGCUGUGCCUGAAGUUACGAGUGCUGGAAGAACUUUUUGCUGAAAGUGCAAAGUACUCUUAAUACACUGAUUUGUAUGAGAAGUCUUUACUUAGCCUGUUU